ACACUGGUCAAAAUCCAUGCUCUUCCGGGGUCAGACACACCCAAUCCUGUUAGACUUUACACCUCAUACACUUGAGCCCUAUAGGUAAUACGACAGCGACACCCUAUGGCACACACAGUGAAUAACACACAGUUUAAACCCAACAUGACCUUGGAUUACAAUAGUUUACAGUAGUUAUUGAAGGAGUUGUUUUAUUUUUGAAAGUUUUGGCACCUGCUGUUUAUGUAUGUAUUGGAGACAGGUGUUUGUGGGAUUACUGCACCAAAGCUGACGAAAGGUUUGACCAGGGAAAGACACAAGGAGGCCACAGGAAAGGAAAAAGAUAAUUGAUAAACCGCUGUCAUUGUACUGUUGGUGUUUUGAUUAUUGGAUUAAGGACUUUCUUACCUGGACUUUGGAUGUUUUUGCCAGUGUAAGAUUUUCUAGUUUCACAUUUUAAAAUAUAUAUUUAGGAUAAAAAUAAAGGUCCAGAAAAUGCUUGGAAUUUUGGUCUUUUGAUUUGAUUUUGUUAACUUAAAUACCAUAGAAUUUCCUAACCAUAUUCAGCAGUACUGAGUACCCUUACUGGUGUUUUACCAUGUAUAAAGAGCCUGUGUGUCUCCUGAAAUUUCGUUUACGGCCAUACCACUCUGAGCACGCCCACUUCCGGAUUCAGAGCCAAAGCCUAAGACAUUGCAGACGCCACUAUUUUGAGCCCUUGUGCUCCUUUCGGUUUUUUUGAGUUAUUUCUGUUUGUGAGAGUCCCUAUUUGUUUUUUUUCGAGUAUCCCCUACCCCCAAGCAGCUUUGCUGUCUUGGGGCCCCAGUGUGUGUGUGUUUUUUUUGGAUGGAUUCUUUAAUACUGACCCACGGAACGGACAAGGAACUGAGAUCGGAUAUCCCAGAGAGCGAGAGGAGUAUGGAGAGAAAUACGAAAACGGCACAGACAACUGGAAAGGAUUACGACAAAGAGAAAGCGAAUGGACAAAACAGAAAAUCAGGAGUAGGAGAACAAAAAAAGGAGGGAGACGGGAAAGGGGUUAAUGGUGAGCGGAGCACGGGUGACACGGGACAAGUGGAGAAGGUGACGCAGCAAGAAAUUGGAGGGAAAAAACGUGACUCUGUGGGAGAAAAGGCUGCAAAGAAAGACCAAAGUGCGGAGAAAGUUGCAGUGACAACCCAAAGGCUAGUAGGAGAUCCUACGCAGAUAAAGAACGGGGAGAUUGGUGUUUAUCUGAAAGAACUGACGGUGGAGGUGGUGGUGGAUGCGGGGAGAGAGAAAGUGACGGUGAUGGACUUAUUGAAGGCACUAAAGAGGGACUGCGGAACCGUGAGGGGAUGCAGAAUUAAAGGAGAACGGAUUUAUGAAGUCACAAUGGCAGAGGAAAGCGGGAAGAGGAAGCUGAUGGAGGGGCUGCGGGUGAAUGGAGCCCUGGUUCAGGGACGGGACAGUUCGUGCAAGGAGAUAACCGUGUCAUUUCUGAACAUCCCAAUCUGCACAAAGGACGAGGUAAUAAAAAGAAGGCUGGAGGAAUGGGGAGUGAGGCCGAUGUCAGCGAUUAAAAGAAGAGUGUGGCCGGGCACGGAUGUAGUGGAUGGGACGCGCUUCCUCCGAGUGAGGUUCAAUGAGGAAGUCCGCUCCCUCCCGUACUCAACAAAAUUCAUGACUGAGACGGGCCCGGAGUAUUUUAGGGUCCUACAUGAUGGACAGGUGCCGGUGUGCAGGCAGUGCAUCAAGCCGGGGCAUAUAUUUAGAGAGUGUCCGGAGUUUAAGUGCUUUAAAUGCGGAGAGCAGGGGCACUUUGCAAGAGACUGUCAAGUGGGGAGAGGGGGAGGAGCCACAAGGAGCGAAGCGGAGAGGCGGAGCGGUGGCCUGGGAGCAGAGGAGACAGACGAGGCAGAGAACGCGGAAAUGGUGGGCAGCAGGAGGGAGAGCAACGCGAUGGCUGGUAUGAGGGGUGCUGCUGCUGUGGAGAAGGAUUCGGGACCAGAGGACGGGAUAGCGGCUGCAGAGGAGGGAGUGGCGGCGAUCCACUAUGCGGAGCCAUUGGAGAUAACGGAGGACGGCUCGUUGAUGAUGGCCCGGAGCAAAAUAGAGGAGGAGGUGGCAAAGCGAAACACGGAUGAGGAGGAGGAAGGGGACGGCAGCGACGAGGAAGAGAGGGAACGCGAGGCUGUCGAGGAGGGAUCGACCGGAGUGUCGGAGAUGGAGGAGGAAGCAGAGGGAGGGGACGGUGUGGAGGACGGAGAAGGAAUGGUGGUGGAGGCGCAAAUGGAGAAGGAGAAGGAGUGUGUGGAUACGGUGGCUGCUCAGACAAGAGAGAGGGGAGUAAAAGAAGGAGUGGAUAUAUCUCUGGAGCAGAGAAAGUCGAAGAGGCUCCUGGUGAUGAAGAACGAGAUGAAGAAGAAGAGGAGUAAAACGAGGGGAGUGACUGGGAAAAUUGGGCUGCGAGGUACCGGCAGCGCCAAACGGACCUGGCAGCAGGUGAAGAUGAAGUACAAAAACAUCAUUCAGAAUGGUUCCUGUGGAGGUGCAGUGGAAGUAUUGUGACUGUAUAUCAGAGAAAAGAGGCUACUGUUUUUCUGCAAAUCAUCUUGUGUAUAUCGGAUUACUGCAGAAGAGGAACAUGGUAUUCUCAGUCCAACAAGAUAUUUGGAGGGAAACGCUAUAAAUUAUCCUCUGCUGCCACAAGGGAGCAGCAGAUCUCCAUCUAAUGUUUUAAACACCAUUCCUGGAUCCCUUCAUCAUUUAAUAUUAAACAAGCAGCGAAGAACAGUUUAAUCCUGAUGUUUGCACGUGGCAUUCUUUGUGUAUUGAUUAAUUGAAAUGUAACCCAAACAGUGUAGAGGCAACACGGCACACACUCCCCAUUAUGUCCUCAUUAUGAGUUACUUUGGGUACAGCUCACAAUAGACCAGGUGUUUGCUCUUGGAGGGGGUUUGACAGUGUGACUGAAUGUUCUCCAUUUAUACAGCAGGUGUUCAGAAAAUGGAAGCACCAUGAAUUAUUUUUUAUAAUCACUUUCUGGAGGACAUUUUUAAACACUUUACCCUGUACAAUUGUUUUCAUAUAUCUAGAAUAUCAGGAAAAAACAUGCAUUUCAUUUUCAGUGGAACACUUUUUUCAACUCUGACAUGUUAAUGCGCUUAAUUGUUUCUCAUUGUCACUGCAGAGAAACAAACAAACCCAUUUCAUUUAAAUUUGCAACAACAAAGAGAAUAGGAAGAAAUCUAGCGGUGGGGGGGUUUGACAGGCCCUUGGUUUCAUGUCGCGGACACAUGCAGGCAAACAGUCGCUGUGAUAUUGUGACAUCAUGUUUUCUGUUCCUGUUUGUGGUAAACUUAAAUCACAGCAAAUGUUGCAGGACUUCCUUUAUUUGUUGUUUAGUAGUAAGGAGCCAGACUUUUGGGGAUGGGAAAUAAGUUCCUAUGAAAAGACCAAAACCACCAUAAUUUGAUUCCUCGAAAAAGCAUUGUCUGUAUAACAAAACCCAAUAUCUCUUAUUCCUCUGUGACACAGAACGUCAUUGUUAUCCUAAUAAAUAUAAAAACAUGACUCUAUUGCACUUACAAGAAUCUCCUCCAGUCACACACACAGUCAAACACACACUGCAGUUUAUUUUUGACUCAAUCGUAGAUACAGUCCUGCAUGAUGGAAAACAUCGCUGCACCACUAAUGGUGUAUUAAUCCACCUCAGAAAAUGUUCUUUGGUGAAGUUGAUUUUGCUAAAUAUAUCAGUGAAGAAGAAUAUUGUAAGGGACUAAAAACAUGUUGGUUUUAUAGGCUUUGUUGACAAUUUUAAAAUAUCCUUUAACUGCAUUUAGGCAGGUUAGCUUCCCUGAAUAGAGAAAGUUAACAUAGCGUUGACGAUAUUUAACUCCUAAACAGGCCAAUAAAUAACCCAGCCUUUCUUAAUUUUCUCUCAACCGUAUAAUUUCAGACAUGCAGGUUUACCUCUCAUUAGUUAUUCACUUCAUCAGUUCAGAUCAUAUACAUGUCAGUUUAAGAAGCUGUGUUUGCUUGUUGAGCUCCAGAAACCAGACCAUCAGAGUUUGGUUUUGGCUGCUUGGCGGCGUGACGUUUUCAGCCGUGUGGAGGAGAAACAGGAAAACCAGCCAGCAGUGCUUCUGAAUGCCAAAUUAAAUAUUAUUCAGGUGGAACAAUGGGCUGCUGGCUGGAAAAGUGCUGAAUCUUAAUAUGGCCUUAAUUGUUAUAGGAAUUGUAAUUGUAAUUUCUUGUUGUUUUCACUGUAAUGACGCCUAUUAUGAUGUAAAAAGGGGCCAGAAAUCAAAGUGGCUGGAUAUAAAUGUUCCCUGUGCUGCUCAGAAGUCGGCAUGUUGAAGGGACAGAAGACAAAAGUUCACACAAAUUACAAUAAAUAAAUACAUAUUUUACUUCAGCACUCAAGCCCAUUGAUAUCUUACAUUUAAAUUGCUGAAAAACAAUUGGAAACAUGUUUUUCAAAGACUAUAAUUCGAUUGUUGGAUUAAAAAUGUAAGUAUGUAAUCAUUUCAGAUUAUUCCGUAUAGCACACACACAGUUAUACCUCCUAAAUGUACUUCUAAAAUACUAAAAUCAUGGAAAAUAAAUGCUGUCAAUAAAAAGCAAACCCUGUCGUUAAUUGACAUGAAGCCAACAGGAGAUUAUAUUGCUUCUCUCUACUGAUUAGUGUAGGAUUUUAGGAUUAUUGUCACAUUAUUACUUAGAGUAGCACUUUCACAUGCAGGCUAAUCACACAGUGACCCUGAGUGUGUCCAUGGGGGCUAACUGCAUGAAAAACCAGAGGACGGAAACAGGGGUGGAGGGCAAAGGAGCCGAAAUGAGGAUUCAAUGCAACCAGAAACAGAAGAAGAGGAGAUUAGGAGAAAAACAGCAAAACAAAAGCAAAGAUGGGAAGGAAAAGAGGAGAAAUUACGCAACAUGACCUCUUUUGCUUUUUUGGGAUUCAGAUGGGGAGUUCGGAAAGAUGUAGUAGGUCAUCCUGUCAACCGCUUUAAUGCAAUGGCUAAUAUUUCCUUUCUUUGGCUAUCAUUCCUCUAAAAUUCUCAAGUAAACAUCUGAGAUUCAAGAAACGGCAGGAAAGCCAAGUGGUCAGUUUGUCAGACAUGUUGCAAACAAACCAAUAGUUUAGAAAGACGAUGAAUUGAGAUUUUGGGAGGUAAAACAUGUGGAUGCAUAUGUAUGACAUGUCACUGUAAAAUGUGAUUUGAUUAUUCUGUUCUCUCAUUUUCAUUUCCUGCUCCAGAGUGUGUCUUAUGUAAACGUGUUUAAGGUUUUGAACCUGCUUUUAUUUCUUGACCUGUCUGACUUAUUUUUAUUUUUAUAUCUCAGUAGAGCACAAUGUUGUGUCCACAGAUGAAAUUGAUGGGCAAAAAACUACAAUAAGAUGCAAGCUGUAGACUUUAUCUUGCAUGUUUCAUUAGUUGUAGAGAUCCAUGGUGUUCAACGGCUGUUCAACAAACACUGAAUUUGCAGACAUGACUUUAGGUGCUGGUGACUUCAUUACAAAAUAUCAGCAUUGGCUUUCAAAACCGUUCCCUGUUGAUGUCACCAAGGUCAUCUGUGUGUCAUGUCCUCCACUCUCCCUCCCUGUCCUAUUUUGGUAUUGGUAUGAUGACAUCUUCUUGAGGGAGGGAGAGAGGUUCUUGUUUUCAAGUCAGCAUUUAUUUGCAACCUCACUUGCCCUGUGAUUGUUUGAGUUCACACAUUACGCAGAUCUAUCAUUGCUAUUUUUAAGCUACUUAAUAGCUCCUUGUGUUUCCGUUUGGAUGAGGUCAUGAUAUUUGUUGAUAUUGUAAAUGUUAUGCUGGCUAAUUCAUGCUUAAAGUAUGAGGAUGUAAACUGUGGAUGUACACAGAUAAUUAUCGGUGCUAAACAUAGAAGUUAUUGUAAACACGAGCCCAGACUGCCGGUAAACUCCAUCAGAAACUUGAGAGCAGACGUAAACACGGUGUUUGUGUUUAGAGUUGUUUAAAAUGAAAUCAUGGUGGAAAUAUUUGUGUAGAAGGAUGAGGUAACAAAGUCUGGAGAGUAGAUUUCUCCUUCCCAAAAACCUGUUUUUACGUCAUAAUUUCAAACACAUAAAAACGGGAAGGAAGAAGAAUCAGAGGAUGAAACCCUCUUUAUUAGUCACAUACAUGCACACAGCAGAGCAGUGAAAUUGGUCCUCUGCAUUUAACCCAUCCUAGUACUAGGAGCAGUGGGCAGCUAACGUGCAGCAAUGGGGAGGGGGGAUUGGAGAUGUCCGGUGCCUUGUUCAAGGGCACCACAGCAGGGCCCAGGAGGUGAACUGGGACCUCUCCAAGUAGCAGUUCACUUUCCAUAUUUCAAGUCUGUUUGGGGACUUGAACCGGCGACCCUACGAUUCCCACUCCAAGCCCCUACUGACUGAGCCACUGCUGGACGCUAAGGAGCAUCUGAUGCGACAAACAAUACUAAAAUCAGACUCCGGACUCUUAGCUAACAGCUCACCACAUGAAGAAGGAGUUAGAGUAAUGAGAAAAUAGUGGGACAUUUUUAAAAUGAAAACAAAAUUUGAAAAAAAGGCAGAAUUUUUAAUAAUUAAUUAUAAUUUCUAAGAAAUAGUCAGAAGUUUGAAAAGAGAAAAUAGAAAAAGAAAAAAAUUAGGGGACAAAAAGUGUGAAUUCUUAAAAGAAGAUCAUUAGGGCCACAUAAAGAAGGAAUUAGAACAAUGAGAAAAAUAGCGAGACAUUUUUAAAAGUCGGCAUUUAGAAAAAAAAGUUGACAUUUGAAAAAAAAUGCAGAUCUUACAGGAAAAAAACGUAUUGAUCUAUAAAUGG